CACUUGUCAUAAUUUAACGGUUUCCAUGGGAAAAUUGUAUAUUUUAGCAUUCGUUAAUUAUGGGUGCAAAUAAAAGUAAAUUACCAGAGAUUAAGGAUGUGGAGAUAUAUGAAAAAACAAGUAUCCCUUCGACACCGAUAUUGACUCCAAAAGUUUUUAGAGAUAAUAUUACCAAAGCUAGUCUGGAUCCAAGAUCUCCCAGUCGCAAUGUUGCUAGGACUCCCAUUGAGCUUUUAUCCGCAGCCGCUGAGAAACUUCAAACACUCAAUUUGGAAGAAACCGAAAUAGAUUCAUUGACAUGUGAAAAAAUGUUUACCCCGUUAAAAACGCACAUAAUGCUGGGUAUCGAUCCUCGAUCGCCUACCGUGGAAAUCCAGAGGACUCCGAUAGUAGUCAGCGCUUCGCCAGAUAAGAAAUUGCCAGAUAUACUAAAGAACAAAAAUUUGGAUCGAGUCAAAAAGUCCGGUCUGCUUGACACGCCCAAAACCCAUGUGCCGCCUAAACUGUUAGGCAGCGCCCCUGUUACGCCUAAACCAAUAAAGCCCGACGAGUCCAAAAGAAAAUCGUUUGUUGGUCUACUGGAAACUAACAUGGACUUUACGGAAACCGAUUUGGAUACGGUGCUGAAAGAAAAAUAUCCUGAUACUUGCAACGACCCUUCAAGUGUCAUCGUCAACGAUCCUAGAUCACCAACUAUAGAUUUUAUAAGAACACCAUUACUACUACCAAAGACUACAGAAGAAGUUGAAGCCAGUCAUAAAGCUGUAGAUGAUAAUGUACAUAGUAAAGAAAACCAAACAUCAACUUCUGAGGAUAUUGAAGUAUCGGAGAAUAUAGAAACACCAGAGAAUAUUUUAGAAAGCAGCAGCUCAGUUGAUGAUUUAUUAGAAAUAGGAAUGUCUCUUCUUGUACCUGAAAUUGAAAGUUUAGAAUGUAAUCCUCUAGAAAACAAUGUCUUAAAUGUUGAAACUAAUUCAAACAACAUUGAUUCUUGUGAAUACGCCACAGAAAUUAGUCCUGAAUCUCCUGAUAAUGAAGUCGUGGCAACGUCUGAUGAAAAUUAUAUAUUUAACAUUGAAGAACCGAAGUGUGUGAAAUCGGCACCGAUCACACCACCACACGAGAACCCUAUCACACCUAGGAAAUCGAAAUCGCAGCCUGUAUCACCACCGAUCAUCGAUCUCACGGCAGAUGCCAAAGAAUUAGAUAAAAAGUUGACAAACCUGAUUUAUGAAGAUGAGGAUUUAGUAGUGUGUCCUAGAAUUGUACAAAUGAAGGAACAUGUUAGAAUACCGUUGGGAGUGCGGAACGGGAACCAGGACAAAAACCACGCGAUAAAAUUAAAAGUUAGCGAUAAGCCACGCAAAGUCGAGAACGGUUCUAGCAAAAUUCCCGUUUUUAAGGAGAAAAAAAUUAAGGUCCAGUGCGAAAACACACCGCCUAGAGGUAUGAAAACGGGCAAAAGUAAAAAAUCGCAGUGGGAUCCUAAGGACGAAACUUUAAUAAUUUAAUUAUUUAUUUUUAUUUUUUUGCGUUUUUUCUAUCUAUAUAUUUGUAUAGUAAGUUUGUGAUUUUGCAGCCAGUGUUACUAUAUGUUUUAUUUAUUAUCUUUAAUCAGGUUCCAGUAUUUCGUUUAUGGGCAAAAUAUUUUUUAAGUUAGGGUCGAAAAAAAGAGACGUCACAGUGGUCUUUGAAAUGAUAAUCGGUAAUUUAGGUCGGAUAUAUCGUUUAUUAAAAAUUGAAGUAAAAAACUUUUGUCAAAAAUUAAUUUAAAUGAAGAGAGUAAAAAGUCUAUACAGAGUGUUUCUAAUUAUUGUCCGAUAUUUCACAGGGUGAUUUUUUAAAUAUUUAUAAGUUAAAAAGUUCAUAUAAAUAUAUAUAGUAGUACUUUAGUUUAACGGCUUUAGCUGCCAGAGCUGUUUGGCUUCAGAUAAAUGUGUUCUUUCCAAAAAAAUCCUUAUGGGUUUUUCGCCACUGCACUGCAAGAAAAAUCUACAAAAUAAAAUAGUUAUUUUUUGUUAACACUUCUACGUUAAACCUAAACGGACGCUGCUUGUCAG